AUGACCCUGUCGAAUACUAUUGACGAAAUCAUCCGUCAAAUGAUUCAGAAGAGGUCAACAAAUCAGAAGAGAUCGGCGAAUCAGAGUGGGUCAACUGAGACUAGAAAAUGUGAUAGAUGUUACUCUUGGAAACCAAUUAACAGAUUUGGUCUAUUUCAAAGUGUAUGUAAUAGGCCUCAUCCUAUAGCUGAUUGGAAUGAUUUUCUCACCAAAGUUCGAUUGAACAGAUCGUGUAAUUCAGAUAUUCUAUUCAAGGGAGAAAUAUCUCACCUUCCAAAUGGGUUGAAUAAUAACACUCAACCAGACAAAGGAGUUAAUACACAACAUGUUGACCCUAUUUUGCCUUCUGAACGACUACAGACUAUUUUUGCUGGAACCAAUGAAGAUGGCUCUGGAACCAUGUAUGUCAACCAUUCCAGUGAUUCGCUCACGGCUGAGCCCCCAGAAACAGCGUCAUCAAAUCGAAUAUCAAAUCAACAGCAACUACCAAUACUGAAUAUAUUAAAGGAAGAAAUAAUUAGACCUAUUGAGGAAUCAACUGGCUAUAGGUGGGUCUAUGCUUCAACCAGUUCAGGGAAUGGAAGCUAUGCUUCCAAGAUGCAAGAUUUGUCUCUGAGUAUAAAGGCAAACUCAAAAAACGAAUCAAUUACCAUAAAAAAGAAAAAGAAUAUUAACAUUAUAUCAUAUAUUGUAGAUGGUACUAAGAUUACCUAUUAA